AUGGCGAAAGAUCGAGCACAUAAGCCGCACAAGGAGAAGCGCGAGAAAAAGGUGUCGGAGGACAAGGUGAGGAAGCCGAAGAAGGAGCAGAAGGCAAAGCCCAUCGUCAAAGAUGCGUCGGAUGAAGACUCCGACAGCUCUUCUGGUGGUGCGCCUGUGGCCGACCCGAUGGAAUUGGACUCUCCCAAUGAGAAGAUAGAGAAGAAGGCCAAGAAGGAUAACAGGGAGAAAAAGAAGGCGGUCGCGGUCGAAUCGGAAGACAACAGCAGCAGUAGUGAUUCGGAAGCCGACAAGAAGGCCAAGAAGCAAAGGAAGAAGGAGAAAAAGGCAGCGAAGGAGCCUGUCGUUGAGCCCAACUCUUUCUUCACUAUUGAUACCAAGCCGAUGCCCGUUGAACCCAAAGCUGCCGCCCCCCCCAGUUCCGACUCCGACUCGAGCUCCAGCUCUGAUUCCGAUUCUGAUUCGGACGAUGGCCAGAAGGAGCCCUCAGAGGCCAAGGCAUCCAAGGCCAAGGCCCGUAAAGAGAAGGGAGAUGGAUACACGCCUGCGCCAACGGGAAUGAACCGAACUGAGCGCCGCCGACUGAUGCUGAUUGGCCGCCAACGCGAAACCCUGCGCAAGCAACUGGGCAUUGAGCCCGGCACCAAGGACGACGAGAAAGAGGCCGAUCUGGAAAAGCAGCUUGCGAAGUGGACUGAAGAGUUCGACGGCAAACUGGCCAUCCGCACGGAGAAGAAGCGCAUACGCAUGGAGAAGGACGCUGCGAAGCUGCGAAACAAAAGAGGCAAGCUUCUUACGGGCCGCAAGUUGAAGGAGCGCACGAAGCAAAUCAUGAAAAUGGAAAAGAAGGCUACCAAGAAGGCUCGCAAGGAAGGCAGUUCUUCGAGCUGA